UCUAAUUCAGUAGAAAAUUCGAUUAAUCCAAUAAUCAUUUGUGGCAAUUUUUAGAUUAUAUUUAACGAAAAACGAGCUAUAAGUAAAAUUGUUAUUUGUAAUAUUUGUAACACUGUAUUCCACAUUUGAAAGACAUUUUUAGCUUAUAUUUAGGGUAAAAAUCUCUACCUUUGAGAAAAAAGUGCUAUUGCGACAAAUUAUACAUUAAUUUAUAUCUAAAAGGUUUGUUAUAUUUAAAAUUUAUUUUCUUUUCGUGAGGUUAAUUUACUUCAUAUAAUAUUAUUUUCUGGUGAGUAUAGAACCUUUAUCAAUCAACUACAUAAUCGUUUAUAGAUGCUAUCUUCUCAAUUAUUGAACAAGGUCAAGAAUUCCGUGAGGGCAAGAGUAUGCAGCCAAAAUAUUGGAAUCCUAGCACCUUGCUUACAGAAAGCAACCCAAUUCAACAGCUUUUUAUUGAUAAAAUUAGAGAAUAUAGACAAAAAAGUAACAGGUAAGUUCGUCUUGUAAAAUUCAAAGUAUGGAUUUACAAUAUCACCUGAUAUUUUUCGGAAAAUUUAUUUUAUACAAAAUUCUUUUGAAAUUUAUAAAUAUAUAAAUGUUUUUGAGAACAAUAUAUCUUUGAGCUUCUCGACAUGUGUAAAUGGGAAAAGAAUUAACAGUUUUCAAUUGUUCAAUUCUUCACAGUUCAAAAACGUCAAGUUAAUACCCAAAAAAUAUCAUUUUCACCUUUUUAGUAACCUACAAACAAAAAUGGCAAUUCUUUUCUUCUGCAUAGCUUUUCACUAGGAUUCAUAAGAGGUUUAUUGUCACAGUAAAUAUAAGUACUUACCAGGUACAUGUAGAGUUGGCAGGGAAAGUUUUUUUAACCUGCCAAUGGGGUUUCUACAAAUUUAUUCAAAAUGAAUACCACAUAUUCUGUGAUGAUAAUACUGUAUCUGCACGCAUUAACUUGGGGUUAUUUAUUCUUUGCAACCAAAUUCUGCAAACGUCUUCAUUUGUAGGAAUGGAAUGUCUAUAAAAUCAUUCAACAUAUUUAACCAUUCAACAAAAUGAUUUCCUAAAUACAAAUUAAUGAAGUUAGGAAAAAGAGUUAUUCUCGUAUAGAUAUGAACUUGAUUUCAAUUUGAAUAUUUUUAUGUUGAUAAAUAUGUAGUAAAUAUUACUCUCACCUUAUCGCUUGCUUAUUCGUGCAUUCUAAUACACAGCAGGCCUACUUGUUUACUCAUAUUGACUAAGUAAACACAACAGCACAAUUCGCAACAAAAAAUAACUUUCAAAUGCACAAAAAUGCAAAUAGCUAAUAAACAAACAAUAUCAAACACCUUUGCAAGAUGUACGUUGUUCAUUCAAUAAUCUUGGUUGUUUCUCAAUGCAUGAUUGCAGCUUAAUUUCAGAAUCCAGAUUGACAAACAUUCAGAAAUAAAACACCAAAAAGUAAGCUUUUAGAUGUAAACCGGCAACAUACACGUAUGGCGUUAAAAAUCAGUGGAACUCCUAUUCCAGUGCACAGGCACUGCUUAGAACUUAGAUAGUUUCAUACACAGACCACACCAAACGGGAAAGUAGAUCCAAAAAGAAGGCAGUUUUUUUCAUCAUUGUUCAGUACAUUACAAAUCGUAUUUAUCUGUCUUUAUCACACUUACUACAAAACGUUUGUAGAGGCGCUUUUGUAUUUACAGAAAUCUUUUGAAAGUUACAUUAUUUGCACACGCCGUUCUGUUUUGUUCAUCACGCUACAUGCACUUGGAUUCUAUUUGUGGGUUUGUGUGGUUUCAAUAAUCAUCAUUCACCGGAAAAUGAGAUUUUGUAUUGUGUGCGGUAAUUCUGAAGACGACGUAAAGCAUUUAUUUUGCUUUCCCCGUAGCGCAGACAGCUCGCAAAUAUGGCAGGAAGCUAUGGGAAUGAAAUAUAGACCACUAUGUGGCCAUGUUAGAAUCUGCAAUGAGCAUUUCACAAAAGAUAGAUUUGUGCCGUGUACCUCAGUUUUACGUUUGAAAGCUGAUGCAGUGCCCACAAUUCUGGAAGUCCAGAAGGACCAUGUUAUGAAGGGACUGGACCAGAUAGCAAAUAAAAAAGUAAACAUUAUAUCCCAAUAUAUAAUAAAGCCAGAACCACAGACUCUUUUGGAUACCAAAUCAUUAAGUAAUGCAAACAGUGAAGUUACUGAACAUGAUAAAACAAAUUCCUCGCAGUCACCAUCCCAACGGGCUGCCACACCAAUUUCAAGUACAGUUAGAUGUAGAAGGACUCUUUUUAAGGACGUUGAAGGCUUGUGUUCAACACAGAUAACACCAAGAAAGCAAAAGUUGAUGGUUAUUGUGAAGAGGAAGCAGGGUCUAUCUAUGAUCUAAUGUUACUAGUUCUCAUUCAGUCUGUGUUUGUUAUGAAAAGAUGUGGCAUAGCAUUAUUAUUAUUGUGAAUCUUUGUUGUACUUAUGCAAAUACAAUUUGACAAAGCUCAA